AGCGGAUGAACCAUGGCGACGGCUGCAACUAUUCUGUGCUGGGCCCUGUGCGUGGCGACGCUCGCGAGGGCUGUGGACGCGGUGGACACGACGCAACGGCGACAGGUUCGAGGCGCGGAACCGCUCGGGACAUCUCCUUCCGUGCCACGUGCCAGGCGGACCCCUUACCACAUCGUACGAGACUGCAUGACAGUGACCUCAGCCGAGGGCCAGUUCUUCCACAAAGCGGCCGAAGACGGUGCCACGGUCUGCGGGGUAUACUUUGUCACGGAUCCGGACCGGAGGGUUGAGAUCCACUUCGACUACCUGGACGUCCCUUGUCAGAGCGGCGGACUGGUCUCGUUCGUGGACGGCUGGGAGCUGAACGGGCAGUUCUUCCCCAGUGCAGACGACCACCCGAAGCCGCUGAGCCAGAGGUACCGCGAGUUCUGCGGCCAGCGGAGGGUCAAACAGGUGCUACAGUCCUCGCAGAACGCGGCCGUCGUCCAGUACCGACUGCCACACCGGGGCAACGGCUUCAGCUUCACCGCCCGCUUCCCCAGGAACGCGUCGCCUUGCAACGUCCUGCUGGAAGGCACGUCGGAGGUGUACACCCUGCGAAACUACGGGAGACGCUUGAACUGCAGCCUGACUGCCCUCUUCCCGGCCAACUUGAGGGUCCUCAGCCUGAGCGUGGGACUGGGACUAGGACUGGGACUGGUGGGCACGGAGUUCGAGACAGGCACCAUGCACAGGUGCCAGAAACGUGGGUUGUCUGACUACGUGCAGCUGGGAGGUUCAGAGGGCCUCGACACUUCACAGCUUGCAGUUGUGGAUUCCAUCUGUGGGAUGGAUUCGAAGCCAGGUAGCACCGUGCAGACUGUGUUCUGCGGUGUGACCACUGUGCGGCUUGUCUCUAGCGGGCAUUAUGAUAACUCGGUGACCAUGGCUUUGCGGCAGGCAGCAGAGGAUGACAUCGUGGAGGGGAGCCUUGUCUGCGGUCUGUAGGUUAUGUGAGGUCAGCAAUCUUCGUGUCACCGUUAUGUUCCACUGCCCACUAUCAGCAGCAGCAGCAGCUCUUGCCCUGGCUGCAGCGAUAUCAGUUUCAUAUUCCUAGUUUGCUUUUUAAUAGUAUUACUGUCGUUCAUGUCGCAUUCCUUCUGCUGUCCCACCGUUAACUGUUUGCUGUAUUGGCAUCAUAAGAGCUACUGAAUGUUCAUGAAAUAUCUUAAAAUCAUUUCAUGUCCUUUCUUGAUUUCUGUGAUGUGUGCGUCGUACAGUUAUUACUCCUGCUUCAGUGUGUGGGGUUAGGAGGAUGACUGUUAUGUAAAAUGUAUCCUUGUUUUAUUAGCUACAAGUUAUAUUCAUUUAUAAAUUAUUGUUCUUUGUGAGAUGAUUCUCAAUAUUACACAGAACACAAUAAUUUAAUUGACCUAUUUAAUAACACAGAGAAAUCGUUUUGAAUGAAAAUACAAUUAAAGCAUGAAAAAUGUGUUAACCCUU